AUGAGACUGCCUCACUAUUGCAAGGCCGACCUCAAGAUGUGCUUGAAGGAAAUGAGCUUCCGUUGCUUGAAGUUCCCGAGUGAACUUCGCCCCUUCGCUGCUUGGGUCCCCUCGUUUAUAGAGGAGAGAACUCAGGUACUCCUUCGCGACGCGAUACGCAAGCCGCCGUCCCGCGUCGAUGUCGAGGGUCUUCUCUACGGACUCCAAGUUGACGAUCCUACCUGCCCUUACGACGUCGUAAAAGUCAAAAUCGGGAGAACCACUCAUAUCAAUCGGCACUACAACGAACAUCUCAACACAUGCCCGUCUCUUCGAUACACCAUCCUUGGCUACUACCCACCACGAGCCUCGCCCGAGUCAGCAACGUCCCCCUUCGCGCUACAAACCGAUCUCGGAGUCGCUCACAUGAAGCCCACGGACACCGUGCCGUUCUCCCAUCGCCUCGAGUACCUUGCACACCUUGUACUCGCUGAUGUGGCCGCGAAUGCCCCUUACCUCUGUACUGCUUGGCCGACCAGCGACUCCGCGGGUCUACGCUUAGGCGUGAUACAGGAACGCUCUCCUUGCACAGACUGCAAACACGUUCACGAAGAAGUGUUCGUGUUCAGACGGUUCCCCGGGAACUUGCGCGGCAAAGAAUGGGAGCUCGUCAUACGCCCCAUCAUUAUGAAACUGGCCUUGCAUGUGGAGUUCUACUCCGCUCUGUGA